AUGUUCCACGACUACGCUGUCAACGCCGUGCACCUGUACAAGGAGUGCUUCAAGCGCUGGUCUGUGAGAGCCUGCGCCUUCAACGUCACCCUGCACGACGACGCUGUGGUACGACUCUUGGAAGGAUUGUAUCCAGUGUAUUUGGAGGACUGGCUCCGCAUUUUUAGGCGCGACCAGAUCAUGGUGUUUCGCAACGAGGACUACGCCGAGGACAUCAAAGGCCACAUUGAAGCGGCCUUCAACUUUUUAGACCUCGCUCCUCUCAACGACACUCUAAUGGCGGCCAUCGCUGAACACGACUCAUCCAACGUCGGAGUCAACUACGGGGUAGUGGGACCCAUGCUGCCGGAGACCAUUGCUGUUCUCAACGAAUUCUACGAGCCGUUUAUCCACAGACUAGCCGAGCUUCUACAAGAUAACAAGUUUUUAUGGAAAGACAUUGUUGUCACGUGA